AUGAUUUGUGUGAAGAAAAAAGUGAAAAAAUGCUCCAAAAAACCAUCGUCACCCGAAUCACAAGCAUCAAACGUACAACAACAACCACUAUCACUCGUUUCCCCAUCCGGAGCUCCGCCCCCUGGGAUUACUGUAGUUCCGGUGAAUGUGAAUAAAGUACAAUGGAAGGGAAGACAGAAACCGAUGGUUGUCUUUGAUGAUGAGCAAUCGAGAAGUAACGCAAAAACGCCGAAAGCCAAAAGUGUGGAUGAGCAAUCGGAGAAAAUUGGCCGAAGUUCCCAAAAGACCGUAACCCAAACUGCUUCGAGUUCUCAAAAAUUCGAUUCCUCAACGUCGGUGCAUGAAAAGGCUACUGUAGCCCAGGCUCCGCCACCUACAGUAACCCCAAAGGAUGCUCUAGAGCCGCCGAAGGACGAGAAUAGUGUCGAGGAUCAACAACGAAGCGAGGAAACUGAAAACAAUGAUUAA